GCAAAACAAAAAUCUUUUCAUCCAGUGAGUGACCUUUAAAAAAAGUUGGUAACGUUUUCUGUGUUCUGUGUUCAGUUUGGUUUCGUGGAUUGGAUUAGAGAAAAACGACCCGUUCUGUGGGUCAGGUUGCCUUUAACUCGAAGCAAUUUAUUUUCAGCAAUUUUUUCAACUUCAAAAAACUUUCGUUUUACUUAUGAUAGUGGCUAGUGACAGAAUUUGUAAAACUGUAAUCAAGAACACUUCGAAAUGGUUAAAGCGAAAAAACAGGAGCGCAAAGGGGCGAAAAGCGACGAAAGCGAUUCAGAGAUUGAAAUAGAUACUCCACAACUUACCGAUAAGACCGCUACUAAGCAGAACAAAUCCGGCAAAGUAAAGGAAGAUAGGGAUACUGAAGCUACAAAGUCAAAAAAGUCCAAGAGUAAGGGUAAAAAACAAGAAAUCAAAGCUGAAGACUCAGAAGAUGAUACCAUUCCCAUAGCAAAGGGACAGAAAUCCUUUGCCAUUUUGCAAAUUGAAGACAACGAUUUAGAGGAUGAACCAAUGCCUAACAAUGAUAGUGAUGAUGACAUAAAAACUGUUGAUAAAAGUAAGAAAAAAGCUAAUGAAUCGAAAACUAAAGAGCAAGGUGGUAAAAAAGGCAAAAAGGGAAGGAAAAGGGCUGAUAGUGUUGAUGAAAUUGAAAAGGCUUUGGCAGAGUUAGAAAUGGAAUACGCAGGAAUCAAGAAGGAAGGCCCGGAAAUGAAAGAGGAAAGUAGAAAACCAGCAAAAGUUAGUAAGGACAAGAAUAUUGCAGAAAGUGUAAAACCAGAUUAUGUAAAAGAAGAAUCAGAGGAAAUUGGCACAGUCAAAACAGCAGCUCAAAAGAAAAGGGAGAAGAAGGAAAGAGAAAAGCAAACAAAGUUGGCUCAGAAAACUAAACAUCAGAACAUUGAUAAGGAGUCUAGUGCCAUCACGGUAGUUCCUAAUGAAGAAGUGAAAAACGAGAAAGAAGUUUUGGAAGAGAAAGAAAGCAAAAAGAAGAAAAAAAAGAUUAAAGAUAAGGAGGAUAAAGUGGAUGUUGAAAGUGAAGUUACUGAAGUUCAUGAAGAGAAAAUCAGUAAGAAGAAGAAAGGUGGUAAAGAAAAAGAUGAAAAGGAAACCAAAAACAAAAAAGGGCCUGCAAAAAAGACCAUUGCUGCAAUGCAGGAAGCCCUUAGGAAAAUUAAGGAAGAGGAAGAACGUCUCAAACGUGAAGAAGAGGAUAGGAUAAAACGAGAGGAAGAAGCGGAGAGAGCUAGAUUGGAAGCUUUGAAACUGGAACAAGAGCGGAAAGAUAAGAAAAAGCAGAAGGAAAAAGAGAGGAAAGAGAGGUUGAAAGCAGAAGGAAAAUUGUUGACAGCUAAACAAAAAGCGGACCGCGCGAGAGCCCAAGCACUGAUUGAUAGUCUUAAGGCCAAGGGCGUGGAAUUACCCGAUGUCGGUGAAAGAAAGCCAAGGCUGGGUACCAGGGUCAAACCUAGCAAACAAAAAAAGGAGACCUCAGAUGAAGUAAAGUCGGAGGAAAAAUCUUCAGAGCAGAGUGAUAUCGGUGACAAAGCAGACAUCAUACAACUGAAAGAGGAGACAAAAGUGGAAGAAGAGGAAGUAGAGGGCGACGAUGUUAAAGACACGUGGGACGCUUCAUCUUCUGACAGUGAGUCGGAAGAAACUGAAUCUAAAGGAACAGACGCUGCCAAAGUGCAGACUUUCGAGAAUGAUGAAUCUGAAGAAGGUAGUUCCGAGGGCGAGUCGGAGGAGGAGAGCGAGAGCGAGUCGGAAGACGAGGACGACGAGGAAGAAUUAAAAUCGGCGGUUGAAAGAUCGAAGGAAAGGGCGGAGGAAAGAAUUAUGAAACGGAAGGAGGAGGCGGAGCGAAACCGCACCGUCGACAACCUCCGGGCGGCGGUGGUUUGCGUGUUGGGCCACGUGGACACAGGCAAGACCAAGAUAUUGGAUAAGUUGAGGAGGACCAAUGUGCAGGACGGGGAGGCGGGGGGCAUCACUCAGCAGAUCGGUGCCACCAAUGUACCAGUUGAGGCUAUCAAGGAACAAAUCAAGAUCGUUAAAGGUGCGAACGAGAUGGAAUUGAAAGUUCCGGGCCUGCUGAUCAUUGACACGCCGGGGCAUGAGUCGUUUUCGAAUCUGCGAAACAGGGGUUCGUCCCUUUGCGAUAUCGCGAUCCUCGUCGUCGACAUUAUGCACGGCCUCGAGCCGCAGACCAUCGAAUCGAUUAAUUUGCUGAAAAAUAAAAAGUGCCCCUUUAUAGUAGCCCUUAACAAAAUUGAUAGAUUGUACGACUGGCAAACCAUGAGCCGGAAAGAUGUAAGGGACAUCCUGAAAGCGCAGGCGUCAAACACGCAGCUGGAGUUUGAUCAGCGGUCGAAAUCGGUGGUAGUGCAGUUCGCGGAACAAGGGUUGAACGCGGCGCUAUUCUACGAAAACCCGGACCCGCGGACGUAUAUCUCGUUGGUGCCCACCAGUGCGAUCACCGGCGAGGGUAUGGGCAAUCUGCUCGCCCUUAUCGUCGACUACUGCCAAACGAAACUGCCCAGACGCCUGAUGUACUCGGACGAGCUGCAGGCGACCGUCCUUGAGGUCAAGGCGAUACCGGGGUUGGGCACCACGAUCGACGUCAUUUUGGUGAACGGUCGCUUGAGGGAGGGCGAGACCAUGUUGGUGGCGGGCACGGACGGACCGAUCGUCACUCAGAUUCGGUCGCUGCUGAUGCCGCAGCCGCUCAGAGAACUCAGAGUGAAGAACGCGUACAUGGAAUACAAAGAGGUGAGGGCGGCGCAGGGCGUGAAAAUCGCCGCCAAAGAGCUAGACAAGGCGAUCGCUGGCCUGAACCUCUACGUCGCGCACAAGCCGGACGAGAUCGAUGUCCUGCGUGACGAGGUGUCGCGCGAAUUGCGCAGCGCUCUCUCCAACAUAAAGCUGCAGGAGAGGGGCGUAUACGUGCAGGCGUCCACGCUCGGUUCGUUGGAAGCGUUGCUGGAAUUUUUAAGGGUCAGCAAAAUUCCGUAUGCGGGCAUCAGAAUUGGACCAGUUGUUAAAAAAGACGUGAUGAAAGCCUCCAUAAUGUUAGAGCACGAUCCCCAGUACGCGACGAUCUUAGCAUUCGAUGUGAAGAUCGAAAAGGACGCGCAGGAGUUGGCGGACAGCAUGGGCGUGAAAAUCUUCCAGGCGGAUAUCAUUUACCACCUGUUCGAUAAGUUCACCGCGUACCGUGAGGAGCUGAAGCAGCGCAAACGGGAUGAGUUUAAACACAUCGCUGUGUUCCCCUGCAAGCUGCGCGUGUUGCCCCAGUUCGUAUUCAAUUCGAGGGAUCCAAUCGUCUGCGGCGUCAUGGUCGAGGCGGGUAUCGUCAAGGAGGGAACACCCAUCUGCGUACCUAGCAAAGAGUUUUUGGACGUGGGCGUGGUGACCAGCAUCGAGAGUAACCACAAACCGGUCGAGAACGCGCGCAAGGGGAUGGAAAUUUGCAUUAAAAUCGAGCCCAUACCGGGCGAGGCGCCGAAAAUGUUUGGCCGCCAUUUUGACGAGACUGAUAUGUUGGUUAGUAAGAUAUCCCGGCAGUCCAUAGACGCGUGCAAAGAUUACUUCAGGGACGACUUGCUUAAGACGGACUGGCAACUGAUGGUCGAACUUAAAAAACUCUUCCAGAUUUUGUAAUAAAUACAACAACGUCGACGGUAUUUUCGAUUUAUCGGAGAUUUUUUUGCGUUUUUCCUACACGGGGGAACGCGGGCGAGAUAAAGAGAGUGUUAUUUACUUAGGGUUCAUAUACAACUGCAUAUUAAUUUAUAAAAUAUACGUGUAUCUAAUAUCAAACCUGUCUUUAAUUCGCGAGGGAUGAACCACCAUCCAUGUCAUUUCAAAGAUUUCAUGGAUUUUCCAAUUAUUUUACGGAUUUGACUGCUUUUGAUAUAAUUUUUAGCUUACGUUCAAAACUUUUGUAUUCCGCGGUAAUUAACAGAUAUUAAAAAUACAAUAUUUUAAAACCUCUUUUCAAAACAUCAAAUAGAUAUAUAAACCCAUAAAAUUUCAAAAUG